UCCGGCUUCGAAUUCUCGACCCACCAUUCCCUCUUUCUCUCUCUCUCUCUCUCUCCCUCUUCCUCUUCCUCUUCCUCUUCUCCUGAUCUCCUCGAGCUCAGAGCCAAAGACUCACGACCUCUCAGAAGUCAACGCCAACCAACCAGAAGACAAUUCCUCUGCUUUAAGAUGUUGGCAGAGUACAUAACCAGACUUCUCGUGGUGGUGUUUGGAUAUGCUUAUCCAGCUUUCGAGUGCUUCAAGACAUUAGAGCAGGGUCAAGGCAACGCACAGCAGCUUCGAUUCUGGUGCCAGUACUGGAUCAUUGUGGCAAUACUAACAGUCAUCGAGAUGCCUGGCAAUUUCCUUGUUUCAUUGUUGCCAAUGUAUGGAGAAGCGAAGCUGGCCUUCUUGGUCUACCUGUGGUACCCAAAGACGAAGGGAACUGAUGUUGUUUAUGAGACCUUCCUCCGGCCGCUGGUGAUGCAGUAUGAGCCUGACAUCGAAGAGAGGUUUAGGAACCUGAGGGCUAAAUCUGGGCAACUGCUUGUGUUCUAUCUCAAGAACUUCACAGAGAAAGGGCAGAUUUUGUUCUUGGAAGCCCUCCACUAUGUGGUUUCUAAGUCAUCAGGCAGCACUGAGAAAACAAAACGAUCAUCAUGGAUGAGCCGGUUAGUCGCCAACAAGAAACAAGAGAAAGAAGAAAAAGAGAAACCAGGAGUAGAGAAAUUGGAGGAGAUUGCGGAUGCUCUCCUUGGCGCCAACCCAAAGCAAAGGCGAUCGCGUCCACACAAAUAAGAGAGGAGAAUAAUGAUAAAUUUAGCGAUAUAUAUGGAAAAGAAAAGAAACAUAAUGUACAAAAAUAGUUGUAAUUUCACUUUUCUUGUGUUGCAGCCAACUUGAUUUCUUGCAAACAAUUUGAGUCAGUUAAAAAAACAAUAGUUCCAGAGGAAUAUUAAACUUAUAAUUCCAACU